AGUAUAGGACAAUCAGUUGCCCAUUUGAGAAUUUUUAUGUGGCCAAGCAUAGAUAUAGUGUGCUUUUGGAGGCAUAAAAAUUCUCAAAUUGUCCCACGUUUGGACAAUUCAAGGCUGGAUAGAUUGGAAUGCUUUUGGUUACCUGAUUUAAAUGCCCAUGCUAGUUCUGUGUUGUAUCUGUCCUUUUCUCUCUGGUUACGUUUCUUAUAUUUAUUUCUAAUGUCAAAUAUCCUCACAUUAUGUGGAUACUUGACAUGGGAAUCAAAUGCAAGAUCAAUGUAUUCGGAGAGACAUGGGGAGAUGCUGCCGGAAUUUCAGUGUGGGCAUUUAAAUGGGAACAUGAAAGUAUUACAAUCUAUCCAGUCUUGGAUGGGUGACUGAUUUAGUUAGUUAGUUAAAGAUACCAUUAGAGAUUCUAUUAGAUGCCUAAGUCAUCGUUGCUCGUGGGGUGAGCAAUAAUGGUGCUUGUUUCAUUAUAAUUUGUCUCUUCAGUACUCUUCCUUAAAUUUCUCUUAUACCCAUUCUAGUUUCUCUCCUAGGAAGCUUUGUCGGGCUCACGUUGUAUUUCAACUAACUUAUCGAAGUAGCCGAGGAACAUAGUGAUGGAUAAGAGUUGGAUUCAUUUGUCAAGGGUAAGCAAUGCAUACGUAAGUGGAGCUAAGGAAUUCCUAGACUUUGCAUUUACAAAUACAAGUGAUAGAGGGAGGAUCCUAUGUCCAUGUAAGAACUGCAAUAACAACUUCUGGGUAUCUCGACAAGAAGCAUACGAUCAUAUUGUGUGUGACGGAUUUAAUACGAGUUAUACUCAUUGGCAUUUUCAUGGGGAAGCCACGUCUUCUUCUAUGCCUAAUCUGGAUCCAAACGAUGAUAUGCACGAAUUGUUACAUGAUGCAUUUGAUUUUUCGGGUCCGGAUGAUCAAGAGAGUGAUGCAACAUAUAGACCUACACAGGGGCUUAAUACUGAAGCACAACAAUUUUUCAAAUUAGUAGAAGACGCCGAUAAGGAAUUGUACCCAGGCUGCAAGAAGUUUAGUAAGCUCUCUUUCAUUAUUCGACUAUAUCACAUAAAGUGCCUUGGUGGAUGGAGCGACAAGUCAUUCACGAUGUUACUUGAAUUGUUAAAGGAUGCACUUCCCGAAGGUGAAACCUUACCAAGGUCUUUCUAUGAAACCAAGAAGAUUAUUGGAGACUUGGGCCUAAAAUACAAUAAAAUUGAUGCUUGUCCCAAUGAUUGUAUGUUAUAUUGGAAGGAUGCUGUCACCGAGCAAUCAUGUGAUAUAUGCGGUGCUUCCAGAUGGAAAACAUUUGAACAUCAAUCAGAUGACGAGGCAACUUCUUCGACUGCUAAAGAGAGAAAAAUUCUAGCCAAAAUAUUACGUCAUUUUCCUUUGAAACCAAGGCUUCAGAGGUUGUACAUGUUAUCUAAAACAGCGUCCUCUAUGAAAUGGUAUUAUGAGUGUCACACCGAAGAUGGAAUGUUAAGACAUUCGGCUGACUCCCCGGCGUGGAAAACUUUUGAUCACUACCAUCCGACCUUUUCAUCAGAUAGUCGCAAUGUUAGACUUGGGUUAGUAGCUGACGAUUUCAAUCCAUUCAAGACAAUGAGUAUUACUCAUAGCACAUGGCCGGUUAUUCUGAUACCAUAUAACUUGCCACCAUGGAUGUGUAUGAAGCAAUCUUAUUUUAUGAUGUCCUUGCUUAUUCCUGGUCCUUCUGGACCUGGUAAUGAUAUUGACGUGUAUUUGCAACCUUUAAUAGAUGAGUUGAAGGAUUUGUGGGAGGUUGGCAUAGACACUUAUGAUGCCUCAAGUAAUGAAAUAUUUCAAAUGUGUGUAGCAUUGUUGUGGACUAUCAGUGACUUUUCUGCAUAUGAAACUUAUCUGGAUGGAGCACUAAAGGACGCCUUGCUUGUCCUUGCUGUAACAAGGACACUUUGUCUAAAUACUUGA